AAAUGAACAACGAUUUAUGCGAAUCAAUUAUUAAUCAUGCAAAUCAAAUAUACAUAUCAAUAGCCAAUAUGAAUGGGUAGUUAAAUGAAAAUGGCAGCAUUGGUAUUUAAUUUUUUGAUUAUUUCAAUAGCAAAUCAUAGCACUACAUCAUCCAACACGUCACCAACGUAAGGACUAGCAUUCAUAAUGUUUCUACUAUUUACUACAUAUGCUUUACUAUCACUAUUCUCUCCACAAAGAUAACCGGUCAUGCAAAAGGGCAAUAUAUAACACUAACAGAAUAAUCAUCAUCAUGAUGAUUGAUUGAUUGACUAUUGAACUCUUUUAUAUAUGACUUCUUUAGUUAUUAAUUUUAAUCAAAU